UGCCAGUCUGCCUUAGCCGCUGUUUGCGUGCGGUUCUGCUUCUCCGGCGGAACUUGUUAGUGAAAGCCCAUUAGUUCGCGGGAAAACGCUCGGAUCUCUUAAGAAUACUUUUAAAGUCGGAACCCCAGUGCUGACAGCAUGGAAACGGAGUCACUGAACCGCAAGAACUCCUCGCGGAAGAGUUCGAUCGUGAAUGGGAAUGGAGAUGCCUCUGCCAAGUUGACCAACGGCGAUGGAGGCGGUGACGGCGGCGGGGAGGUGACCCUGAAGGCCAAGAUGAGCCUGCUCAAUGGAUGCACCGUCAUAGUGGGCUCCAUCAUCGGAUCGGGCAUCUUUGUGUCGCCCACGGGAGUGCUGAAGUACACGGGCAGUGUCAACCUGGCCCUCAUCGUUUGGGUCAUUUCCGGCCUCUUCUCGAUGGUGGGUGCCUACUGCUAUGCGGAGUUGGGAACGAUGAUCACCAAGUCGGGCGCUGAUUACGCAUACAUCAUGGAGACCUUCGGACCCUUCAUGGCCUUCAUCCGGCUCUGGAUUGAGUGCAUGAUCGUGCGACCCUGCUCCCAGGCCAUCGUAGCCCUCACCUUCAGCACCUACGUCAUGAAGCCCUUCUUCCCGGAGUGCACUCCUCCGGAGGACUCGGCCCGCCUGCUCGCCGUCUGUUGCAUCCUUGUGCUAACCCUAAUCAACUGCUGGGACGUAAAAUGGGCGACCGCUGUGCAGGAUAUCUUUACAUAUGCGAAACUGCUGGCCCUGGUUAUCAUCAUUGCCACUGGCGUUUACCAACUUUCCCUCGGCAACACGCAAUACUUUACAUUUGAGAAUACGGACACGAAAGUGACCUCCAUUGCGCUGUCCUUCUACUCCGGACUGUUUGCCUACAACGGAUGGAAUUACUUGAACUUCAUCAUUGAGGAGCUGAAGGAUCCCGUCAAGAAUCUGCCCCGCGCCAUCGCCAUCAGCUGCACACUGGUGACCAUUGUCUAUGUCAUGGCGAAUGUAUCCUUCUACACCAUCCUGUCGCCGGAUGAGGUCCUGGGCUCCUCGGCCGUGGCGGUGACCUAUGCGGAGCGGGCCUUCGGCAUGCUGGCCUGGACCAUUCCAGUUUUUGUGGCCUUGUCUACGUUUGGAGCUGUGAACGGUAUUCUGCUGACCUCCUCCCGACUCUUCUACGCCGGUGCCAACAACGGCCAGAUGCCCGAGAUCCUCACCAUGAUCCAGAUUCAGAGAUUCACCCCCACUCCUGCGGUUCUGGCCAUGGCCCUUCUAUCGAUGUUGUACCUCACAGUUUCUGACAUCUUUGCUCUGAUUAACUACGUGGGCUUUGCCACUUGGUUGAGUAUCGGUGUGGCUGUAUUGUGCCUGCCUUGGCUGAGAUGGGCCCAACCCAAUCUGCCACGUCCCAUCCGAGUGCCCAUGGUGUUCCCCAUUGUCUACCUUAUUGCCACCAUAUUCGUGACCGUGGUGCCCAUGUACGCCAGUCCGGUGGAGACUGGAUACGGCAUACUGAUGAUCCUGUCUAGCAUACCCGUCUACCUGGUGUUCAUCGCCUGGAAGAACAAGCCCAUUUGGUUCCAGAAGACUAUGGGCGGACUGACACAAGUUCUGCAGAAACUGAUGAUGGUUGUGCGUCCCAAAGCGGCGUCAAAGUAAGCCUCACACGAUUCCUACAGAAAAUGCUCAUGGUACUCGGAAAGCAGACGAAACCAGCUCAGGUGUAAAGGUAAAGAACGUUCUUCGGGGAAGACAGCAGAGAUAAUAUUUCAAGUUAGCCAAGAGCAGAGAAAAGCAUUUAAAAGCACACACUUGAUUGCAUAAUGCAUUAUAUAGACAACGUAAACGCUUUUGUGUAGCCAACCAAUGAUAUACAUACGAAACACACAACAACUUCUGCCAGCUCCUGGGCGACUAUACGAUAUAUACCAUAUAUAUAUAUUUUUAUAUACACAUGUAAGUCUUAAGUUGAAGCAAGGCCCAGGAUUACGAGGAUAGGAUUACGAGGAAGUUCCCAACAGAGGUCUGGAUCCAAAUUUAUAAGAAAGACUGUGGAAAACUACAAGGAAUCAAGGUGUCCAGAGCUGUCCGUAAAUUGGGUUCGAAUUUGGAUUUGGCAUUUUUUAACAGAGCUGUGCAAGCAGAACGAGUCUUUUAGGAUUUUCAAGUAUUCUCGAAAAUUGGUUAGGCAAACUGUGAAGUCCCGAUAAAAGCUAUUGUUUAUUAUAAACUGCAUUUGAAAUCUAGUUUUUUGAGACAUUUAGGAACCAUGCUCUAGGCUUGGCUUGAUCUAGAAAGCUAGAAGAACGCUUGAACAUACUCAUCGGAAGGAUCUACAGAGCCCAUCUUAGUACCUACAAAUCAUGAACAUUUAGAGCACGAUUGAUUACUUUUUAUUGAUUUAAGCGAAUCUAGCUUAAGUGACACCGCAAUUAAAUUUCACUUGUCCUAAGUUAAUACUUACAUUUAGGUUGCUCAGUUUAGGUUUCACGUGUGCAUCGUAGAGGGUGCUGCCUGUACAAAGCCCAAGCCAAUAUACAAGACCAUCGCAUAAUGCACAUAUCCAACAAGAGAAACGAUUAAAGUUGUUGAACGAGAACAGGAACAUUGCCAACAUACAUAUUAAUAUACUGAGAAUAACACUAUAUGCAAAUUGUUGUCUAAUUACGAAUCCAAUCGAAUUGAUCUAGCAUUGAUUUAAACUUUCAUUAGUUGUUGUUGCUUUGAGUGUUCGUCACUUAGUGUUAUUCAUAUGAAAAUAUUAUUGCCUAUUUAGCAUUCAAAUAAUUAACUAUUACACAUUAAAUAUGGAGCCGCAGCUGGGGAAUCAGUUUAACUACUAUGAAACAUAUUGUUGACAAUAAUAUUGUAUUUAUAUAUAAAUGUAUAUUAUAUUAUAUGACGUAUACCCUACAACCUCUGUAUUUCUUGAAAUAAGAACGAUACGAAAUCUAAA